AUGGCAGCGACUCAGUCCCCAAAUCGGGCGUCUUUUGGGAUGUCUCUCUCGUCGACAGUUUUGGGAAGACACUUGCAGGCUGCGAUGCCUUUCCUUGCCGAAGACAGCCAAAAGUCCCAGGGCAUAGUGCCCAUCCCUGACGCCCAGGGCCCGAUUCCGUUUCUUGGUUCAGUCCCCCUCCUAGACCCAGAGAUACCAGCACAAUCACUUCAGCAUAUCACCCGGAAAUAUGGGGAGAUCUUCCGCUUUGUGAUUCCAGGCAAGCCAUCGCCCAUAGUUGUUUCAAGCUAUGAGCUAGUCAACGAGCUCUGUGACGAGAAGCGGUUCAGGAAGAAGGUUGGAGCAGCGCUCAAGGGGCUUCGGGAAGCUAUUCACGACGGUCUGUUUACGGCUUAUAACGAUGAACCAAACUGGGGUAUCGCACAUCGCAUCCUUAUGCCAGCUUUUGGGCCGAUGGCAAUCAAGGGAAUGUUUGACGAGAUGCAUGAUGUAGCUUCCCAAAUGGUCCUCAAGUGGGCAAGACAUGGGUCAACAACACCCAUUAUGGUAUCUGACGACUUUACACGUCUGACGCUCGACACUAUCGCUCUCUGCUCAAUGGGUUACCGUUUCAACUCCUUCUAUCAUGACAGCAUGCAUGAGUUCGUUGAGGCCAUGACUUCCUGGCUGAAGGAAGCGGGAACUAGAACUCGCCGGCUGCUUCCGGAUGUUUUCUACCGGACGAUCGACCAAAAAUGGCACGAGGAUGGCAAAAUCUUGAGGAGGACCGCUGACGAGGUACUGAAAGCACGCAAGGAGAAUCCUUCGGAACGCAAAGACCUUCUUUCGGCCAUGAUUGAUGGGGUAGACCCCAAGACGGGCGGGAAACUGAGUGAUAGCAGCAUUAUCGACAACCUCAUUACAUUCUUGAUCGCUGGCCACGAGACCACGUCCGGCCUGCUCGCGUUUGCAUUUCAUCUCCUGCUCAAAAACCCCACCGCAUACCGCAAGGCUCAGCAGGAAGUGGACGAUCUCUGUGGCCGGGAACCGAUAACAGUCGAGCAUCUGUCAAAGAUGCCGUACAUCACGGCGGUUCUCCGCGAAACACUCCGACUGCAUUCGACCAUCCCCAUGUUUGUUGUCGAGGCACAUGAGGAUACUGUGGUAGGGGGCAAAUACCCUGUGGCCAAAGAAGAACCGAUUUUGCUCAUGCUCUUGGAAUCACACCGCGACCCCAAGGUAUACGGCGACGAUGCUGAGGAGUUCAAGCCCGAGCGGAUGCUUGAUGAACAUUUUGAGCGUCGGAACCGCGAAUUCCCCAACUGUUGGAAGCCCUUUGGUAAUGGCAUGAGAGCAUGCAUCGGACGCGCCUUCGCCUGGCAAGAGGCUCUUCUCAUCACCGCGAUGCUGCUGCAAAACUUCAACUUUGUCAUGCACGACCCCGCGUAUCAGUUGAGCAUCAAGGAGAACCUGACUCUGAAGCCUGGCAACUUUUACAUGCGCGCGAUUCUACGAAACAACAUGUCACCGACGGAACUUGAGCGCUCGAUCUCGGGCGUCGCACCUGUCAGCAACAAAACGUCGCCGCGCAAGGCGACACGAGCACCAAGCCCAGAUCCGAAGGACGGGGGCAUUCCCAUGAGCAUUUAUUACGGCUCCAACAGCGGCACCUGCGAGUCUCUGGCCCACAAGCUCGCCGCUGACGCGUCAGCCCAGGGCUUCACGGCCGAGACGGUCGAUGUGCUUGAUGCCGCCAACCAGAAGCUGCCCGCCGGAAACAAGGGCCCCGUGGUCCUCAUCACGGCAUCAUACGAGGGCCUCCCGCCCGACAACGCCAAGCAUUUCGUCGAAUGGCUCGAGAACCUCAAGGGAGCCGAGGAGCUCGUCGACACGAGCUACGCCGUGUUUGGCUGCGGCCACCACGACUGGACAAAGACCUUUCACCGCAUACCGAAGCUUGUCGACGAGAAGCUGGCCGAGCACGGCGCGGUCCGGCUGGCACCCCUGGGAGUGUCGGACGCCGCGCAGGGCGACAUUUUUGUCGACUUUGAGACCUGGGAGUUUGAGACGCUGUGGCCCGCCCUGGCCGACACGUACAAGACCGAGGCGGAGAAGAAGCAGGACGCGGCCACGACGGACCUUAAAGCAGCGCUGUCGCAGCUCAGCGUCGAGGUGUCGCACCCGCGCGCCGCGGACCUGCGCCAGGACGUCGGCGAGGCCGUGGUCGUUGCCGCGCAUGACCUGACAGCUCCCGGCGCGUCGCCGAAGCGCCACAUGGAGAUCCGCCUGCCCAAGACGGGCGGGCGCGCUCACUACUCGGCCGGCGACUACCUCGCCGUGCUGCCGAUGAACCCGAAGCCGACGGUGGAGCGGGCGAUGCGCCGAUUUGGCCUGGCCUGGGACGCACACGUCACCAUCCGAUCGGGCGGGCGCACGACGCUCCCAACGGGGACGCCCGUCUCGGCGCGCGAAGUCCUCAGCUCGUACGUCGAGCUGACGCAACCGGCGACCAAGCGCGGCAUCACCGUGCUGGCCGAGGCCGUCACCGACCCCGCCGCGGAGCAGGUCAAGUCGGCGCUCCUGGACCUGGCGGGCGAGUGCUACCCGACCGAAGUCAGCGCCAAGCGCGUCAGCAUCCUGGACCUGCUGGAGCGGUUCCCAGCGUGCGCGGUGUCGUUCGGGACGUUCCUGGCGCUGCUGCCGCCGAUGCGCGUGCGGCAGUACUCCAUCUCGUCGUCGCCGCUGUGGAACGACGAGCAUGCGACGCUGACGUACUCGGUCUUCUCUGCGCCGUCGCUCGCCGACCCCGCAAGGACGCACAUCGGCGUCGCCAGCAGCUACCUGGCCGGCCUGGCCGAGGGCGACCACCUGCACGUGGCGCUGCGGCCGUCGCACGCCGCGUUUCGUCUGCCGCCGCCCGAGGUGCCCGUGGUCUGCGUCUGCGCCGGGUCCGGCAUGGCGCCCUUCCGCGCGUUUGCGCAGGAGCGGGCCGCGCUGGCCGCGGCGGGGCGCAAGGUCGCGCCCUUGCUGCUGUUUUUUGGCUGCCGCGAACCCGGCGUCGACGACCUGUACCGCGAGGAGCUGGAGGAAUGGCAGGCCAGGGGCCGGGUGUCGGUGCGGCGGGCGUACAGCCGGAAGACGGAGGAGAGCGAGGGGUGCAGAUAUGUCCAGGACCGGCUGCUGAAGGAUCGGGCCGAUGUCGAGAGUCUCUGGAGCCAGGGGGCCAAGGUCUUUGUCUGCGGCAGCCGCGAGGUCGCCGAAGGUGUCAAGGAGGCCAUGUUCAAGAUUGCGGCUGCGAAGGACGAGGGUAGCAGCGAGGAGGUGCAGGCUUGGUAUGAGGGCGUGAGGAAUGUGCGGUACGCCUCUGAUGUUUUUGAUUGA